AUUCAAUGCUAAAGCGAGGGCUCAGAGUAUUUCAGUGGUUCUGAAUCUCCGUCGCUUUUUUUGAUCUGCCCCUAAACAACGGGGAUCAUCUGGUUCUACCAUGCCUGCUUCUCGGUCCAAGCAAUCUGAAGCAGCGGACAUGCAAGUGGAUAGCGAGCUCUAUGUUCCGGGUACGCCUGGCUGUGACCCUAUUGACGAGCCAGAGCCUUGGGACAUGGAAGACAUCAAGUUGAAGGAUACCCUGGAAGUGGAAAAAGCCCUAUCGCAAGCCGCGAACACAAGCGAAACAUCUUUCAAAACUAUUAAAUCGAAUCCUAUCACUUCUGGAACUACCCUGAAUAUCCCAAACUUUGGCAAGGCAGAUCUCGCUGAGAGAAUAGCACGAUUCGAAUCGGACCUUAGAGAAAACGAGCACAGGGUCGGGAAGGAAAAGCAGGCAGACCACAGGCAGGACCGACGGUUCAAUGCUCCAUACCAGAAGCAGGACGAUCGAAGAGCACAGUGGUCCAAAGAAAAGAGGAGGUUGACGCAAGAGCUGGGGCAUGCGCAAGCAGAGAAUCGUACCCUUCAGCGGGUGAACGAGGAACUCGAGAGGGAGCUACGUGGUGCACGUGAAGCACUCGCCCGAGAACAAGCCCACCGCGAGGAAGAUCGUCGUCUGCUCCAUACACGCGCCAAGGAGCUCCGCGAUACGCAAACGUUCUUGACCAAGGCAGACGUGCACUCGUUUGCAGAGAUUAAGAAAAUGGUAGAGGGUUUGAAUUCGGAGGUAUUGCAGAUUGCUGCUAUGAUGGUGGAUGAGUUUGACUGUAAGGGUAAGGAUGCAGGUAUGAGGGACGAGUUCGAGGAUAUGACGACGGCGGUGACGCAAACGAGGAAGAUUCUUGGGGAGCCAAUGGUCCAGUUGUUACAGGACCAUAAGGACAAGGACAUGCAUAUAGAAGUGGUUCAAAAAAGCAUCCAGGCGCUUCUGGUGAAAGCGGCUGAUCACUUCAUAUCCCGUUGGAGCUCAGAUGUUCCCCUGUCGAGUUUCUUCCAGGAUAUGUACGACCAUAUUCGCAUUUCUAAGAAUCCCGCCGUCGCGGGAAGAUGGAGAGCCAUGACUCGGGAAACAACCAAAUAUGUUCUGGAGACCGACUUUGACGAGAAAUUUUCGUGGCUUAUGCAGGAAUCUUUGCGAGAUGUGCUGCACAGGAUGGUGGAGAAAUUUGGUGACCGCUUGGAUGUGCUGGCGACACUCGUGAAGAAGCUGGAUAGGGCUAUCGGCGAGGGUAUCACGUCAAGAGAUCUAUUCGUUGUCGCGGUUGAUGCCGGAACGGAGUUUGACCCCUCGUACAUGAAUGCUGUGGAAGACGGGUCCGGUCCUAUAGCAUGUUCAUGCGAUCUGGGACUCGGGAUAAGUGCUACAGCAGAGGAAGGACAGCAGGAGACGAGAGCGGAGUGCCUGGUGAAAGUUGGUGUUGUGUAUGUUUCCUCCUUUGAGACUCGCUAGUCUAGCUGGAUUCUAGUGAUUUGCGUAAACGUAUCGACUCUCCAGGGAAGAAUAUCAUUACUAUGUCUUGCAACGAUGACUAUAUUUUGUACUACGUGUUUUCAAGAAUUUGUUUCAACCUAUUAAACAGC